GAACAUUUCAGUUAGUUAUUACCUAAGUCGUAAGUGAAAAAUACACCCCAGGUCGUAUGACUCAGCACAUUUAAGGAGAAAGGAUUCGACCACACUCAGAUUUUUGAGGCUCAUAAACUAUCAGAUAGUGGGACCAAAACCGACAGGUUAGAAGCGUUACUAUGCCAACCGUACACCCAAGAGAAUAGUUCACGAAAUUCUGGUUGAAGCGAUGUAGUUAAUAGAAAUAAUAGUUCAAAUGUUCAAUAGAGGUUAUGUAUUUUAACCCAAAUUACCAUGUUGAUAAAAAUCUUAAGAAAAUGGGAUUCUCGCAAUAUUUUACAAAUAAAAAGGCACUAUUCCAACAGAAACAUACUAAAAUUAAAGGAAAGAGGCAUGUUCCAGGAUAUAUUUCCUGAUACUGCGGCUAACUCAGUCACAGAUUUAAUGAACGCAAAGACACAGACGGUUUAUGCAGGAUUUGAUCCAACAGCAGACAGUUUACAUGUUGGAAAUUUAUUGGUUUUGGUUAACUUAAUACACUGGCAAAGAAGUGGUCAUCAACCAUUGGCCCUUGUUGGAGGUGCCACAGCAAAAAUAGGUGAUCCAAGUGGUAGAACAACUGAAAGAGAGGAAAUGAAAUUGAAACUUAUAGAUGAAAAUGUGAAAGGUAUUUACCAAAAUAUAAAAACAGUAUUUGAAAAUCAUGAAAAAUACAUCUGGAAGGACGAAGAUAAACUUAAACCAGUAAGAAUACUUAACAAUGAUGAUUGGUACAAAAAAAUGACACCAACUGAAUUAAUAGGAAGAGUUGGAAGGCAUUUAAGAAUGGGAACUUUAUUAUCAAGAACAAGUGUACAAACCAGAUUGCAAUCACCAACUGGCAUGAGCUUUACUGAGUUUAGUUAUCAGUUAUUUCAAGCAUAUGAUUGGUUGCAUUUAUUCAGAGAAUAUGACUGUUCAUUCCAGAUAGGAGGAAAUGAUCAGAUGGGAAACAUUAUGUCUGGUCAUGAACUUAUUAGUAAAGUAUGUAAGAAACCAGUCUUUGGAUUGACUGUUCCAUUAAUUACAACGGAAAUGGGAGAUAAAUUUGGAAAGUCAGCGGGAAACGCUGUUUGGUUAUCGCCGGAAAAAACAUCCCCUUUCAAUUAUUAUCAGUUUUGGAUGCGGCAAACCGACGCAGAUGUUGAAAAAAUGCUGAAACUCUUUACGUUCGACACCGUCGGCGCAAUUUCUGAUUUAAUGCGUCGUCACAAUGAAAAGCCUGAACUCAAAUUACCUCAUAAAAGGUUGGCAGAACAAACUACUUUGUUAGUACAUGGAAAAGAUGGAUUGGAAAAAGCACAAAGAGCUUCAGAAGUCAUGUAUGGUGGAAGCAUUGAAGCACUUGGACAAAUGAAUGCUGCUGAAGUGUGUCAGUUGUUUGAAGGGGCGACUAUUGUUGAAAUUUUACCUGAAGCUGGACAGUCUAUUUUAGAUUUGAGUAUGAAAGUUGGAUGUUUUCCCACUAUAAAUGAUGCUGUAAGAAUAAUAAAUGCAGGUGGAUUUUAUAUUAAUCAACAGAAAUCAAAAAAUCCAAAUGAAAUAUUGAAUAUGAAUGUGCACAGAAUGGCCAAUAAUAUUUCACUAUUAAGAGUAGGCAAAAGGAAUUAUUAUGUAGUGAAGUGGUUGUAAAUAAAUAAUAAUAUUUAAA